AUGUCUAACGAAUUAGAAAGAUCACUAGACGAAUUGAUACACGGCGGUGACGAAGGAUCAUCAAGAACAAAGAAGUUCCAGAGGACCAGUCGUAGUACCGGUGUUGCAUAUGUUGGAUAUCUUGAUCUUGAAAAUAAUAAAGUAGCUGUUGAGAAAUUUGAUGGUAAAAAGGCUGUUGGUGAAAGAAUCUCAGUUGAAGAAAUCAGACCACUGAAUAUUUUAUCUAUAGCUCCAAGAGGUCCAAGGGGAUCAAGAGAUGAUAGAGAUAGUAGAGGAUCAAGAGGUCGUGAUGUACGUGGUCCAAGAAGAGACACAAGACCAAAGAAACCAACAUUAGAAGAUUUAGAUGCUGAAUUGAGUAGUUAUAUGAAUGGUGAAGAACUACCAAAGAAAGAAGAACAUACAAAUGGUGAUUCAAGAAAUCCAUCAAGACCUCGCCGUCAAGCUAAACCAACAGUUGAGGAUUUAGACAAGGAACUUGAUUCAUAUAUGAAUAACAAACCUUUUCCAGCAACUGGGUCUGAAUGA